AUGGGAGUGGAAGGGCUUACUGCGAUUGUCGAGCCUGCAGUGAAGAAAGUCAAUCUCUUCAGAUACAGAAAUUCUACUAUUGUAGUCGACACAAACAACAUCGUUUCAAGUCUAUUAAGUCUAUCUGACGUUGAAUUGCGUAACUACUUUACUUUCCUCAACAUUGUAGCAAGUAAAAGUGCUUUGAAAUUUAUCUUUGUGUUUGAUGGAACCCACCAUUCAGACAAAAUUAAAGAGGUCAUCCGACGGCGUAAUGAUGGUACGAAAAAAGCUUGUAAGUUCUUUUCAGAGCCAAAUCAGUAUAAGAUCAAGCGUGGCAAGUUACUCAACUUUGAACGGUUCUUGAUGUGUAUUUUGAAGUCAUUAAAUUUUCAGUGUGUACGAGCUGUGUAUGAGGCUGAUCCACUCGUCGCCUCAUUAGCCAGAACACAUGGCGCGACUUUUAUUAUGUCAUCAGACAGUGAUUUUUAUUUGUCUGAUGUUCCUUAUGUUAUUAAAGCAGAUGAAUUUUGUCAUCUUAUUAAAUGGAAAGCAAAGAAAGGAAGACUCGACAAUAUCCGAUCUUUGUACGUUGAUUGCGUCGACACGAAAAUGGUCGAUAACUAUUGUUUGCAAUUCAAUCGCGACUUCUAUCCGAUCUUCUCGGCACUCGCUGGCAACGACUACACAAAAAGCUUUGCACCUCUGUUUACCCACAAGAUCGAAAUUUUCACCGACAACACACUCAAAACAGACAUCAGGGACAUUGUCAAGUUUUUAAGGACUUUCAAACGCCUUAAUCAACUUGUUGAAUACAUCCACAAGCAGUCUAAAGAAAAAGACGAGAAGUUCUUUCAAGCAAUUGAGAUGACUAGAAUGGUUGCUGAACCCUCCUCAGAAAUCGAAAAAGAAACAGCGCAGUUGGAAAUGGACCAUUUAGCAUAUCAAACAUGCGCAAAGUACUUUGGAAACACUAUUGAAUUACUCAACCCGGACAAUAUCGCUUUCUCGGAAAUCCACUGCGACCCGAAAAGAAAGCCGUUGUAUCUAGUCGAACAACCAAUUCGCGCUAUCAUCUUUGGGUUUAACACAGAAGAAAUUGUUACUGAGAAUGAGGCCACUGGAGAUGUUUACGGGACUGUGAAAACAACACCUACUCGACUGAUGAAGUACACCGAUUUUAUAAAAAAAUCAUCACCAGAAAGAAUUGAUAUAGUCUUGAAAGGAAUUUUUGGAACGAAUGAGGCAAUUUUUAAAUUGUGGAAUAAUGUGCCAUGUGAUGACGUGUGGAAAGCAAUGGUAGUCACUCUCUUUGCGUGGCUGAAAAAGAACUCGGACUUUUCUGAGCGCGAGAUUCAGUUGGGGUUUCACACAGCAGCACAACUCAUUUUAGACCCAACCAAACGAAAAAUGUAUAGUAUCAAAAAGGACCAACGAAGUGCAACACAUGUCUUCACCGCUUACAAUAUCGUGUCGUACGACUUCUUGGAACUGUUUAUCGACUAUUGUGAUGUGCCUUCUUUCAAUGUAGAAAAGAUUCAUAUUGAGCCUGCCGCAUUCAUUCAGUAUUACAGCGACGUUCCAUUCACUGAGAAUGAGUUUGACCAGUUGGUUAAAUCACAAGACAUCUACAAAUCCUUUGCUGAAACCGUUUUGAAGAAUAAUUUUGAUUGA